CAUUUCCAAAAAACUUUCAGUUUGGGAGAUAGAUUCUCAUCAUCAUCAAACACUGAAUAAACUGACAUUAUCCAAGUAACAACAUAGUUUGAUUCAAAUAUUGAAAAUCUUUAUCAAACGAAAAAAAAAAUGGUUGGAAAAAAUCGUAAUAAGCAACAGCUUAAUAUUUCAAAUGAUGAUAAUGGCCGAACAACCAACAAUAUUAGCAGAAAAUCCAAAAUACGUUAUCUAUUGGUACGUGGUGAAAAUUAUGAAAAACAAAUGUCCACAUUAAUACAAUCAAUAUCAUUAUAUGCAAAACGUAAUGGAAAAUUGCGUGAUGCAGGUGAUAUUGUAGCAGAAAAAUUGAAUCAAAUUUCACAAACCGAGAUAUUGAAUCCAAGUUCAAAACGUACUGUACAGGAAUUAUCGAAAAUAUUUCGUUUGAUACAAGAUCAUCGUGAUUCAGAGAUUCUAUAUCUGGAAGAUAAAUUACUUCCAUUAUAUUCGGAAUAUGGUGAAACAUUACAAAAACAACGGGAAGAACUACGAUCAAAUACGAAUAAAAUGUUGGAUUCAAAUCGAAGUUUGAAUUGGAUUCGAUCAUCAUCAACAACGAAUCAAAGAUUAACCGCUUCUAAACGUCGAAGUCAAAGUAUGGAACGUUUAGAUAAAACAAUCAAUAAAAAUAAUGAUAAAAAAGUGGAAAAAUUUUUACAAAAAUCCAUUCAACAAUAUGAAAUUAAAAAGAAUAUUGUAUUCAAGAAAUUAUUGCUGAAAUUAAUAUUAACCGAACUAAGAUUUACAAUGAAAUCAUUCAAUAAUUUAACUUAUAUUUAUAAACAUAUUUUGGAUGAAAUGAAUCCAACAAAAGAUUUAAAAUAUUUUAAUGAAUUUUUUCAAUUUAAAAAUCAACGAUCAAAUCAAAUGAUGGAUAAUGGUUUGGAUUCGGAUGAAGAAAAUGAAGAUGACGAAGAAAACGAUGACGACGAUGAUGAAGAUGAUUCAAGAAAUGAUGAAAAUAGUGACCACCAUAGUGAACCAAGUGAUGAUACUGACGAUGAUAUCGUUGCAUCAAAUCAAAAAUCAUCCGGUAAAAGUCGUAGCGAUAAUGAUGAUGAUGAUAACGAUGAUGAUAAUGAUGAUAAACGUUUGGUAAAAAAAUCUGGUCAAAACAAAAAAAAUCGUUCAUCGGUUUUAAAACGUUUCAAUUCAACACCUGAAAUAUCGAUAAAUCAGAAAAAGAAUUUUUUGAAAUCAAGUGAUAAAACAUCGAAUCAAACAACAACAACAGCAAAUAAAGAUGAUAAUAAGAAAAAAAUUCAAUCAUUUGGAAGAUCUAUAAAGAAUCGAUUACCACAAUCGAAAUCAUCAUCAUUAUCUGCGAAAAAUGAUAAAAAAAUCAAUCAAGAUGAUGAUGAUGAUGAUGGAUCGGAACUUACCGAUGAUAAUUCUGGAGAUGAUAACGAUGAUGAUUCGGAUUCGGAUUCAGAUUCAAAUUCGAUGAUGGAAUCGAAUUCAACAAAUCGAACGGAAAUCAAUAACAACAAUAAAAUGAUGAUGAGAAAAAAAGUUUAACGAAAAUGUCGGAUAGAUGGCGACAGUUGACGGUG